AGAGGCGGCUGGCAAAUGCAGAGCAGCGCCGACGAGCGUCGAGAAUAUUAUAGAGGACAAAAGGGCAGAAGGUAGACUAAUAAAUCGCAGGAGGACAGCAGAUCGUGCGAUCUAAACGAUUUUCACGUGCAGCAUCAAAGCAGCGACGCUGACAGUGCUACAGCCUACAACCAACAGCAGGAGCAGGACUAUUUAUAUCAAGCGCAGAAUGGCGUUGGGGACGCCGACGUUGACGAUGAGGAGGACUACUCAAUUUCCGUAUCGGCGAUAAUGCAAAGACGUGCCAGUGUGCGCGGCUAUAGAGGAAAACGUGGCAGUCGGAAUUCAAGACGUGCAUCAAGCCCCAUGGAUCACGUGCUAGAUAGUGUGGAGCGGCGACGCUCCAGUGUUUAUACAACAAGCUCAGAGGAGGGCACCAAUCAGGAGUCCACGCAGGAGCAAAUCUUUGAGAAUAUUCGCCUACACAAGGAGGUGAUACAGUCGGUCAAAUUACAGCCAUGGCCCAUACGCAAGAAGCUGAAGCUGGUGCGGCAGGCCAAAACGUAUGUGGCACGCCACGAGGGUGCGCUGCAGGAGCGUUUCGCCAUGUCACGCAGCACCAGAGAUUUGUGGGCGAGGUUUAAAAUUUUAAUGGCAGCGGGAACGUGCUCAGAUUGCCAACUUGAAAUAGAGGUGCCGCCGUGUUUCGACCAAAUUUCCAUAACACUUAAAUGGCUGAUGUGGGUCAACAUUAUGAUUGCCAUACCGCUGGUGGCCUUUGUCAUUGGCCCGGAGUACUUUGCCACCAAGCACGAUGAGACAGAUCCGCGCAAACGCAUGUCCGAAAUGGAAUACAAGGUGGCUGGCAAUCUGUUUACGUUCUGGGAAUUCGAGGGGUAUCUAAAAUACUCGCCCAUUUUGGCCAAGCAUGACAACUGGAUAAGUCGCAAUGCUGUGAACGUCACCAUGACGCUGCUUUCCUUCUUUCUGCCCAUGAUAUUUGAAGCAUUGGGGCUGUUUGAGAACUGGCAUCCGCGUCAGCAACUACGUCUGCAAUUGGCGCGAAUUAUGAUACUGAACAUGCUGAAUUUGUAUUCGCUCAUGUUCUCGUUCAUCUACAAGAUCAACAAGCAUAAGGAAGCACGACUUGAACAGACGGAAACGUACAAACGGAUGAGAAGACGAACUUUCUCACCACUAGCUACGCACACACAGCUCUUCUGUGAACAUUUUGAUGUGCUCUUGCUGUACGGCAAUAGCAUACCAAAAGAAAAAACUCGUAUGCCAGCCGCUGAGCCUGAGGCUGCUGCUUCGACCGCCUCCAGCACCACAACAACAGCGGCGCCUGGCAACGAUAGCUAUUUCAAUUAUGUGGACUACUUUGAGGGCGAGCAACUGCCAUAUACAGCUAAUGAGGACUAUGAUGAAAACGAUGCAGCCAGCGCCUCCACAGCGCUGGCAGACGAUCCUUUGGCAGCAGCGCUCGCUCAGCUCGACGAGCCCGUCACUGUCGGUGCUGCUCCUUUCAGAGAUCUCCUACGCCGCCUGACUCGUCGUCUCAAUAGACACUCACCGCACUCUCCAAUAUGCAACUCCGUAGACCAGCCCGAAUCGAUUAGCAUGCUAGACACCGAGGACGCCCAGCACUGCCGCAGAGCGGACUUUAGAACAACGUUGAGGGCAGUUACGGCGCGACCAACGCGCAAAUUGCUAAGUCGAGAGGAAUGGAGUCAGAUGCUAAAAGAGAUGCUCGCUAAUAAGCAUAACCUGACCAUAGGCAAGCAAACCCGGCGCACAACAACAAGCACAGCAGCAACUACAACCAGACGCCGCACAACGCCAGCAACAGCAACAACAACAGCAAUAAGCAGCACCACUGAUGAUUAUUUUAGCGAAAGCAGCAGCAUGAGCACCAGCGAAAGUACCGAAGAUAGCGACUACACCACGCAAUAUAGUUCCACGCCCUUUGUUAUAGACAGCGGCGAUAUAGCCUCAGUUGGGCCCACCGCAUACUAUGAAGUGCACAAAUUAAACGAGUGCACAUUAAUCGUCUGCCCCGAGGAUGACAAGCUCUUUGCUGGCAUGACCACAGACGCGAAUUUUCGACCGCCUACGACAGUGAAACAAACGCCAUUGGGCAGGCAAAUGAAGCGACUAAAGGAGGUGCAGCUGACGCUUAAGCAAAUACAAACAAAUCUGACAACCAUGUGCUGGGAGACGUCGCUCGGACAGGAGCUGUCCAAGGUUAUCGUGUUCGAUGGGCUGAUGUCCAUUGUGGCGCCAUUGUGCAUUGACUUUCUGCGCGCACUGUUUGUGCGCUAUGUCAAUCAAAACUGGUGCUGGGAUAUGGAGAAAACAUUUCCACAGUACGGCGACUUUAAGAUAGCUGAGAACAUUCUGACAUUGAUUAAUAACCAGGGCCAGGUAUGGAUGGGCAUAUUCUUCUCGCCGGGCUUGGUGCUCAUCAACCUGGUCAAACUGAUGAUUAUGAUGUACUUCAGGUCAUGGAUAGUGCUAACAUGCAACGUGCCACACGAGGUCGUUUUCAAAGCUUCCAAGUCGAACAACUUUUAUCUUUCGCUACUGCUGACCAUGUUGUUCCUUUGCGUGCUGCCCGUCGGUUAUGCCAUCGUUUGGCUGCGUCCCUCCUGGCACUGCGGACCCUUCUCCGAGUACAAUCGCAUAGCGGAGUUUAUAACAAACACCACACGCAAUGCGCUGCCCAAACAACUGCACGAGCCGCUGGACUAUUUAACCUCGUCCAGUACAGUGAUACCGCUGCUAUUGCUACUCAUACUCAUUAUUUAUUAUCUCAUAUCGCUGACGGGUGCGCUACGUGAGGCAAACCAGGAUCUGCGCACGCAACUGCAGAAGGAACGUGAAGAGGAGCGCAAGAAGAUAUUCAAGGUGCCAGAGGUUAAGCAGGCGGAACCAACGGCCUCAACGCUGACAAAUCGCUGGCGUAAAGUGCUGGAGGCCUCCUCACCCGUCACGCCAACGCAGCCGCCAGAUUUUGACACCGAGGAGUACAAGACGCAGGCCAGGAAGGAGCUCAUCUCGCGCAUUAUGAAGAAGGCGUUGCGCAAGGGCUCAGCCACUUCGGAGGAGGAUUCGUUUGUGCGACGCGACGAUGAUGAUACGGACACUGAGCACCAGGACUCGCUGCCGCAUGACGAGGAGCCCAAGGACAAGCGCUUUGGCCUGUCGCGGCUGCAGCAGAUUCGACGCACACGCAAGCCCUCGCUUGUGGAUAUUGUGCAGAUUGCCAAGCAGGAGCGAGCACGUUCCGGUUCCAUAGUAGCGGGCAACAGCGGUGCGGCCGCAGCUGCCAACGCUGGCCACUUUCCCAUUAAAGAACCACAUCCCAAGAGCCGUUUCAAAGUUGAUAAACAUGAGCAGCGUGAGAGUUUCCGCGAGAAAAAGGAUGCCAAACACAAGCAGCCGCCAGGCGCCGAACAUGAGGCGGAGACAAACUCACGCGUUGUCAACGAGCGUCGCAUUAGCCUUCUGCGUCGCAAGCAUCCCAAGGAGCAGGAAGCCAAACCAGCAGCGGAGCCAAUGCCCAGCACAGAGCAACAGGCAGCUGCUGAGAGUCACUUUCAGCUGGUUGAUGAGAAGCAGUCGCCAGAGCAACAGGAGAAGGAGACACCGCAGCCUUUGGCAGCCAAGGAAAGCAGUGGAGCGCUUGGCAAGUUCAAAUUUCGCAAGCACAGAUCAAAGGCAAGCAAUUCCACGGGCACGUCCAAGCCAGAGCCUGAUGUGUUCAAGUUCGAUGACAAGAGUUUGGAGCAAAGCAAUUUGCCUGAAAUUCCCACUGCACCCGUUCCUGAGCAUCUAAACAGCGAGCUGGCCAGCAGCAAUGAGCCACUGCCGCUGCCUUCGCCUACGCCCAGCCUGACUCAGCGGCAGAUGAAUGCCGAGAAACUGGCAGCGUUGUCACGUCAGGGACGCAAAAAGAUUGGUUCGCUGCUGGCGCUAGUGCGUGAGGCCGUUAACAUUAAGAAGGACGACGAGCAUGCUUCGGAUGAGUCACCCGGACCCACUACGCCAACCUAUUUGGCCUUCACCCCGCCACCGCCACCCUCAGUAUUGUCGAGAAACUCUAGCGGCAACGCUCUCGAAAUGCCACCUACUCCAGAGCCGGACUCUCCUACGCCCAGUGCGCCUUUGCAUUUUGGGAGCAGCAGCUCCUCUUCAACAACGCGUCCAGUUGUUAAGCCGCCAACACCACCUGUUGUCGUGGCAGCUAAGCCUACGCUAGCCACCAUGGAUGACCUGGAGGAACUGGAUAUGCCCGGUCCGAUCACCUUUCCCAAACGCAGUGCUUCCCAGCGCCGUCGUGCCAUGCGACAGGACUCUCAAAGCUCCAUUUGGUCGGAUAAUAUUCCAACGAUUACCAUAAGCACCACGGGCAGCGAUGAAUGUAUUGUUGAGCCCGAGACUGCUCCAAGUCCACAUGUUAAUGGACUGCCCGAGCGCAAGGAAUCUGAACCGUCGCCGUCAGGACCACAAGUCAAUAUAAUCAAGAUAAAUAUUGAAGACAACGAUGAAUAAUGUGUCUUAAUCACACGACUAACUAACUUGUUUAACUUUAGCUUGAGCUUGUG